GGCGCAACCGAUAUCUUUUUGACCCUCCAGCUUUUUCCUACUCCACUGACCCAAAACCCCGUAGGAGAGAGAGUACCUAGGCAGUUUACCUAAGUGGUUUAUAUGGUGAUGGGUCGUAAGCAGGGACAACAGGCCUACACCCUGGACCCUCCGUGAAAUAGGUAGUCGGCGCCAUGUACCUUUUCACAUAUUGCCAUACCAAAGGUACUUACUGUGCACUACGGCAAUCUUCACACCCGACGGCGGGGGAACCCUUCCCUUCUACUCCAACUUCCGCACACUUUCUCGCCCGAUUUACAUCAUCCCACACCCCCAUUCUUGUUUCCACCACUCCACCAACGUCAACCAACGUCAUUCCACCCCCCUCCGGCCUCAAUACCGUCGAUACCGACAGACCAGACAACCAGACUCGCCAAUACCAGGGACGACCCGCUCAUCACUGUCGAGAGGCACGCCUUCCCCUCCACGGUUCCUGGAAUACGCCGUCGGCCUCCCACGGUUGCCCAUCAUUCCCAGAGCCGCAACCGGCUAUCUGUCACGCCUCUCCACCAUGGCAUGCAAUGCCACGCCGGCCGCUCUUAGGUAUUCAUUCUCCAUGUUUUGUCCCUCGCCUCACAGCUUCACGCCAAUUUCUCAUCAUCCUAGUUCAUGUUCCUGAGACCAGAAUGAUGGGGAACGGGCCGAUUCCUCAACCUGGAGACCCCAGGCCCCGGACGGAAACACCUCGGUGCCAUCCACACGUGUCCAUCCCACAGUCCAUCCCAAGUCAUCGGACACGCAAACUCUGGCAUCGUCUCCGCCUCUUCCGCCCCAUUGACACACAGUCCUCUCUCUCUCUCUCUCCCUCUUGACGUCACGCCCCUGACUAUUGAGACGCCCUCCCACACGCUCUCUGCUCCCCCAGAAAAUGUCGUGUCCUUACGGGGGCCCACGUUGCUAGUGGUGCUUAGUGCUUGCGCUGUGUGUGGUGUGUUGUGUGUCGUGUCUCGAUCGACCGAAACAAGCAUAUAUAUCGCCCGUCGUGCCCCCUCACCAAUAUUGCCUUACUCCUCUCGGACGAACCAUCAUUGGCAUCAACCAUCAAACAAUCCCACCUAUCCUUUACCCCGAUACAAGCAAAUCGUCGCCCAACAUGGGUUUCUCGACGAUUGAGUUCGACAAGUACAAUCCUGCUUCAGAGAAGGCAAGCGAUGCUCGCCAGGACCUCGCCCACCUUGACUACUCCCCACUGAAGCGCAUCACGGGGCGGUCAUGGGCCAUGGGCAUUCUCAUUUCCAUGGGAGGCAUGGUGUGAGUAGAUCCAAAACAGCAGCUAGAG